ACGAAGCGGUUUCCACACGAGCGAAGGCCUUUUUUCCGGAGCGGAGCCUUGAGCUCUUCUCGCCUUCUUGCUUAUGUACUGGAUUAUGCCUUUUCCUGGCCAUAGUUGCUCCACUCCCUGCCUUUCCCCCUUGUUCGUGAGGGGCAGUUCUCACUUCCUGAGGAGAUAAGGAAGAAACCCCGUAAAAUGGCGCUCAAAGAAACACACGAAAGCAAGGCACCGCACUCUCCGCUUCCCCUCGUUUGUCGUACUACUCUUGACCCGGCUUCCGCUAUAGAUUUACAGUAAGGAUAGCACCCGCUGCUCGACCUCCAGAUUCCUUUUUCAGGACAUCCUUGGAGGGAAGUGAAAAUGACCCAUCCAAAACGACGGAGAAAUAUCCAAUAUAUAUGUUAUCUAGUGAGAGGGACCAUGCACAAGCAACUGUCCAGGCUCAUCUGGCUCAUGACCAAAUGAGGAAAAUGCCAGAAUUUAAAGCCAUGUUUAGUAACCUGAUUCACUAUCCAUCAUACUCUGUACAAUUAGAAGAAAAAUAUCCUGUUCCUCCAUUCGUUGACCGAAGGUGGAGAGGAAGAGCACAGCAUCGUCUUGAGGCUUUUCAGAAGUUUGACAUAUCUCAGCCCUCACUUCAGGGUCCCAGAAUUGAGCAUGAAGAUCCUGAAGUCAGUGGAAGGAAUCGCUGGAAAUAUUUUGAACGACCUUUCAUUCCAUUCCAUAAGCCGAUUCCUCUGAAUGUUGUUUAUGCAGUGUCAAAGCCAGAGCCAUACCCUUAUCAAGCAACCAAGGACAAACCAGCCUAUCUCAUUUCACGAACUGUGGGUACACAGACAGAUUAUCGGGAUGGUGAAGCCCAGACAGAUCCUUACAGCCCUGAAUAUGUGGUGCCUUCAGGUUCAAUACCUGAGUUACUAACCCUUGCCACACUGACAUGGGGUCGGGGUCUUCCAGCGACUCAGGCAGAAGUGGAAGUGAUUGAACGAGCCCGAGAAAAGCGUGCCUGGGAGGCAACCCUUCCCCCAUUGAAUGAUACUGCACACAUUGCAAAAAGGAGAAGGAUGAUGGAGGAGAUGGAGAGGAAAGAAUGGGCCUUUCGAGAAGAAGAAAUAGAAGAACUGCAAGAAGUUAGACUAGAACUUUUAAAGGCUCUGCUGAGGAAACGGGAAGAGAACCACAAUGAGCUAAACGUCAGUCGCUUAGAUACUCACUGGUUUAACCUCAUGCGAGAAAAAGAAGAGAAAGUUAAAAGGAUGCAGCAUGAACAUAUAAAAGCAAUCAGAAAAAUAAUAGCUAAGGGGAAAAAUGUGGAAGGAAAACUGGAGAGAAGAAAUAUCAUCAAAGAAUACACUGAAUAUGGAUCACAACCUUAUGCUCCUCUAUCAAGAAUUGGUUACUUUCCAGAUAAUCAUGCUGAUCGCUAUAUAGUGAAGAACCACUUUCUUAGCACCUAUGAAGGAUUACUUGAACUGGAGGCAUCUCUUCCUGCCUCAGUCAUCCAUCCUCGAACUGAAGCGCCAAAGCCCCGGAGCACCACCACUAAGGAUGGGUUUACGAAACGAUCUGCCAGACUAGAGAUGGAACUGGCACAGGUUUACCAGAUACUUCAAGAUAAAAAGAAUAAAAUUAAGGAACCACCCACACCACUUCGUUUCCUUCAGAAGACAUCGAAGGCCGUUGGUCGUCCUGCCACUCCAACGUUGGAAGAACCUUCUGUGAUAGAUGAAGAGAGAGAACUAUCUGUGAUUACACUACAGAAGCUAAUCCGAGGCAGAGCUAUUCAGAACAUGAUGUUUGAGGGGAAGGAAAAGAGGUUAGAACUGAUCCGUGAGUUACGCACUACUCAUGCACUCCAGGAGGAUGGGCAGCUACUAAAGAAAGCUGAGAAGCAAGUCACAUUGGCCUUGCAGCGGCAGCGAGAUUUACAUGAACACAAGAUGUCUCUUAUUGAAAAGCAUUUGGCUCGGCUGGAAGGGAGAGUCCUUGCAAAUAUGUUGGACUUCUUAUCCAAAGAGCUAAUAAGGCUACAGGAGGAGCGGAGGAUCCAUGCAUUUGCCAUGUUAGCUGAAAGGCAACGCCGAAUGCGGGAAGCAGAGGAGAGUGGACGACGCCAGGUGGAAGAGAGGCGCAGACGUGAGGAGGAUGAGAUCUUUCGACAGGUUGUCAAGGUGCACCAGAGUACUGUCGAUUCCUAUCUAGAGGAUGUCAUCUUGAACAGCAUGGAAACUACAGCUGAAGAACAAGCCAGAGAAGAGAUUCAGAAAGUAGCAGUGGAGAUUAAUAAUAUUGCUUAUGAAAUGGAAUCACGACGAACUCACCUGCAGUCUGAAGAGAUUGUGGCAGAAUUGGUUUAUAGCUUCCUGAUCCCCGAAGUACGGAAAAUGGCUGUUAAGGAGAAAGUGAGACAGUCCCAGAGAAAACACAUUCAUGCUGCUCAUCAGAUCAUCCAUGAGAAUACAGAGGUGGCAGUAGAGCAGUUCCUAGCCUUGGAUUUCCCGCAGAUGGCGUUUCCUCAGACAGAAUUUCCAAGUGAUGGCUUGCCUCCAGCAACAGAUGAAAAACAGGCUACUCCUAAGACACAGAAGGCUGCUGUUGUAGAGGAUCAAACCCCGCCUGAAAUAAUAGUUGAAGGAAGUGAUGACCCUGACUCUUCCAGGCCUCCAAAUGGUGAGGAGGCAGAAAAGAAAUAAGGUAUGUUUAGAACUAUGCUUUAUUUAGUCAUAUUAACUGGGGACAAUUUGUUGCCUGAGCGAUAGAAGUAGUUACCAGCCAGGAACACUCAGCUGUUUUAACAUUGUAAUAGCAAUGUGUGUGUUGACUUCUCUGAAAAAGAGGGUGGAAGUUGUGACCACCUGCAGUGUUGUUUUUUCUGUGAUUUUCAUCAAGCACACAUGAGAGGUGUCAGUCAGCAAGCAAAAUAUUUGCAGUAGCAGCAAGAAUGGGAUGGUGCCAGGCAAGGACUACCUUACAAUUUUUUAAUUUUUACAUUUCAUUUUUGUCAUUAAAGUUUUCUGCUUCAUUGAAAUUUGCUUUUGUGUUCUGUACAUUCUUCCUCAGGGUCUUUUGCCUCAGGAGCUUUCUUUGCCUACUGCAUUCUUACAGUGGAAAAAUCCUCUUUCAAACAGCCAUGAUAAGUGCCUUGUUUACAUGACGUGCAAAACACUUGGGCUUGUCAAAUCUUCCCUAGACAGACUCACCAUAACCUUGUCACAUGGCUAAGAUCUUUUUUCUUGAGCACACCAUCUCAUCCAUUGACUCUCCCAGCCAAAUGUUCCCUAUUUGUAAAUCAUGUGCUUUUCCUAGCAAUUGCUACUCAAUUUUCUGAGAACUCCUCAGCCUCAAAAUUGGCACUGUCAUCUUUACCAGCAGCCUUGACAUCCAUGUCUAUGUCAUAAUUGGUCAUCCUGUCAAUACCAGCAAGCUCCGAAAAGGGAAAAACUCAUACUUUGGCAAUCUCCCUAAAGAAAAUAAUGCAAUCACGUUUCCCCGA